CGUCACGGGCUCCGGUCCCGGCGGCAGAAAUAGGGCAGCCGCGGCGGCGGUGGCACAGCAGCGGGCAGCGGCGGCUCAGGGAGCUGGAGCCUCAACAGCCUCCAGCGAGCCCGGGACCCGCCGACAGCCCGAGAAACCAGCCGAAGGACGUGGGGCGGGGUCGCCGCCGCCGCCACGGGGCGCUCCCUCCCUCCCGCCCAAGUCCGGCCACCUGGUCUUCCCCUCGGCCCCGGCCGUCUCAGACUCAUCAAAAUGAAACCAGGAGGCUUUUGGCUGCAUCUCACACUGCUCGGAGCCUCCCUGCCGGCCGCGCUGGGAUGGAUGGACCCAGGAACCAGCAGAGGCCCGGAUGUGGGUGUGGGGGAGUCACAGGCAGAGGAGCCCAGAAGCUUUGAAGUCACAAGAAGAGAAGGGCUUUCCAGCCACAACGAGCUGCUGGCCUCCUGCGGGAAGAAGUUCUGCAGCCGAGGGAGCCGGUGCGUGCUCAGCAGGAAGACAGGGGAGCCCGAAUGCCAGUGCCUGGAGGCAUGCAGGCCCAGCUACGUGCCUGUGUGCGGCUCUGAUGGGAGGUUUUAUGAAAACCACUGUAAGCUCCACCGUGCUGCUUGCCUCCUGGGAAAGAGGAUCACCGUCAUCCACAGCAAGGACUGUUUCCUCAAAGGUGACACGUGCACCAUGGCCGGCUACGCCCGCUUGAAGAAUGUCCUUCUGGCACUCCAGACCCGCCUGCAGCCACUCCAAGAAGGAGACAGAAGACAAGACCCUGCCUCCCAGAAGCGCCUCCUGGUGGAAUCUCUGUUCAGGGACUUAGAUGCAGAUGGCAAUGGCCACCUCAGCAGCUCCGAACUGGCUCAGCAUGUGCUGAAGAAGCAGGACCUGGAUGAAGACUUACUUGGUUGCUCACCAGGUGACCUCCUCCGAUUUGACGACUACAACAGUGACAGCUCCCUGACCCUCCGCGAGUUCUACAUGGCCUUCCAAGUGGUUGAGCUCAGCCUCGCCCCCGAGGACAGGGUCAGUGUGACCACAGUGACCGUGGGGCUGAGCACAGUGCUGACCUGCGCCGUCCGUGGAGACCUGAGGCCACCAAUCAUCUGGAAGCGCAACGGGCUCACCCUGAACUUCCUGGACUUGGAAGACAUCAAUGACUUUGGAGAGGAUGAUUCCCUGUACAUCACCAAGGUGACCACCAUCCACAUGGGCAAUUACACCUGCCAUGCUUCCGGCCACGAGCAGCUGUUCCAGACCCACGUCCUGCAGGUGAAUGUGCCGCCAGUCAUCCGUGUCUAUCCAGAGAGCCAGGCACAGGAGCCCGGAGUGGCAGCCAGCCUGAGAUGCCAUGCUGAGGGCAUUCCCAUGCCCAGAAUCACUUGGCUGAAGAACGGCAUGGAUGUCUCAACUCAGAUGUCUAAACAGCUCUCCCUUUUAGCCAAUGGGAGCGAACUCCACAUCAGCAGUGUUCGGUAUGAAGACACAGGGGCGUACACCUGCAUUGCCAAAAAUGAAGUGGGUGUGGAUGAAGAUAUCUCCUCGCUCUUCAUUGAAGACUCAGCUAGAAAGACCCUUGCAAACAUCCUGUGGCGAGAGGAAGGCCUCAGCGUGGGAAACAUGUUCUAUGUCUUCUCCGACGACGGCAUCAUCGUCAUCCAUCCUGUGGACUGUGAGAUCCAGAGGCACCUCAAACCCACGGAAAAGAUUUUCAUGAGCUAUGAAGAAAUCUGUCCUCAAAGAGAAAAAAAUGCCACCCAGCCCUGCCAGUGGGUAUCUGCAGUCAACGUCCGGAACCGGUACAUCUACGUAGCCCAGCCAGCACUGAGCAGAGUCCUUGUGGUCGACAUCCAAGCCCAGAAAGUCCUACAGUCCAUAGGUGUGGACCCUCUGCCGGCUAAGCUGUCCUAUGACAAGUCACAUGACCAAGUGUGGGUCCUGAGCUGGGGGGAUGUGCACAAGUCCCAACCAAGUCUCCAGGUGAUCACAGAAGCCAGCGCCGGCCAGAGCCAGCACCUCAUCCGCACACCCUUCGCAGGAGUGGAUGAUUUCUUCAUUCCCCCAACAAACCUCAUCAUCAACCACAUCAGGUUUGGCUUCAUCUUCAACAAGUCUGAUCCUGCAGUCCACAAGGUGGACCUGGAAACAAUGAUGCCCCUCAAGACCAUCGGCCUGCACCACCAUGGCUGCGUGCCCCAGGCCAUGGCACACACCCACCUGGGCGGCUACUUCUUCAUCCAGUGCCGACAGGACAGCCCCACCUCUGCUGCCCGACAGCUGCUCGUUGACAGUGUCACAGAUUCUGUGCUUGGCCCCAAUGGUGAUGUAACAGGCACCCCACACACAUCCCCUGACGGGCGCUUCAUAGUCAGUGCUGCAGCUGACAGCCCCUGGCUGCACGUGCAGGAGAUCACAGUGCAGGGCGAGAUCCAGACCCUGUAUGACCUGCAGAUAAACUCGGGCAUCUCAGACUUGGCCUUCCAGCACUCCUUCACUGAAAGCAAUCAAUAUAACAUCUAUGCGGCUCUGCACACGGAGCCGGACCUGCUGUUCCUGGAGCUGUCCACGGGGAAGGUGGGCAUGCUGAAGAACUUAAAGGAGCCACCCACAGGGCCAGCUCAGCCCUGGGGGGGUGCCCACAGAAUCAUGAGGGACAGUGGGCUGUUUGGACAGUACCUCCUCACACCAGCCCGAGAGUCACUGUUCCUCAUCAAUGGGAGACAAAACACGCUGCGGUGUGAGGUGUCAGGUAUAAAGGGGGGGACCACAGUGGUGUGGGUGGGUGAGGUAUGAAGGGCCCAGAGCAGAGCCCUGGGCCAAGGGACACCCUCUAGUCCUGACACUGCAGCCUCAAGCAGGUGCGCUGUACAUUUUUACAGACAAAAGCAAAAACCUGUACUCGCUUUGUGGUUCAACACUGGUCUCCUUGCAAGUUUCCUAGUAUAAGGUAUGCGCUGCUACCAAGAUUGGGGUUUUUUCGUUAGGAAGUAUGAUUUAUGCCUUGAGCUACGAUGAGAACAUAUGCUGCUGUGUAAAGGGAUCAUUUCUGUGCCAAGCUGCACACCGAGUGACCUGGGGACAUCAUGGAACCAAGGGAUCCUGCUCUCCAAGCAGACACCUCUGUCAGUUGCCUUCACAUAGUCAUUGUCCCUUACCGCCAGACCCAGCCAGACUUUGCCCUGACGGAGUGGCCCGGAAGCAGAGGCCGACCAGGAGCAGGGGCCUCCCUCCCGAACUGAAAGCCCAUCCGUCCUCGCGUGGGACCGCAUCUUCUCCCUCGCAGCUGCUUCUUGCUUUUCUUUCCAUUUGACUUGCUGUAAGCCUGAGGGAGAGCCAACAAGACUUACUGCAUCUUGGGGGAUGGGGAAAUCACUCACUUUAUUUUGGAAAUUUUUGAUUAAAAAAAAUUUUUAUAAUCUCAAAUGCUAGUAAGCAGAAAGAUGCUCUCCGAGGUCCAACUAUAUCCUUCCCUGCCUUAGGCCGAGUCUUGGGGUUGGUCACAACCCCACAUUCCACAGCCAGAAAGAACAAUGGUCAUCUGAGAAUACUGGCCCUGUCAACUAUUGCCACCCUGCUUCUCCAAGAGCAGACCAGGCCACCUCAUCCGUAAGGACUCGGUUCUGUGUUGGGACCCCAAAAAACCAGAACAAGUUCUGCGUGCCUCCUUUUCAGCACAGAAGGGAGACAUCUCAUUAGUCAGGUCUGGUACCCCAGAUUCAGGGCAGACUGGGCUUGCCUGGCAAGGUAUGGGUGGCCUCCAGGCUCAAUGCAGAAACCCCAAGGACACGAGUGGGGCCAGGUGAGUUCCUGAAGCUAUACCUGUUCAAAACAGAUUUUGUUUUCCUACCUGUGGCCCAUCCACUCAUCUCUGGUACCCCAUCCCCGCAUCAGCACUGCAGAGAGAACACAUUUCGGCGAGGGUUUUCUUACCCACAUUCCCCAAUCAAUACACACACACUGCAGAACCCAGAACAGAAGGCCACAGGCUGGCACUACUGCAUUCUCCUUAUGUGUCUCAGGCUGUGGUGACUCUCACAUGGCCAUCGAAGAAGUACAACCCACAUAGCCCUCUGGAGACCGCCUAGAUCAGAGACUCAGCAAAAACAGGCUCGCCAUCCCUUUCCCACAUAUGAGUGGAACUUACAUGUGUCCUGGUUUGAAUGAUCGUUUUGCAAGCCACACGGGUUGGGAGAGGUGGUCUCACCACAGACGUCUUUGCUAAUUUGGCCACCUUCACCUACUGACAUGACCAGGAUUUUCCUUUGCCAUUGAGGAAUGAACUCUUUCAAGGAGAGGAAACCCUAGACUCUGUGUCACUCUCAACACACACAGCUCCUUUCACUCCUGCCUGACUGCCAAGCCACCUGCAUCCCCCGCCCCAGAUCUCAUGAGAUCAAUCACUUGUAUGUCUCACGCAACUUGGUCCACCAAACGCCUGUCCCCUGCGACUCCCUGGGGUGUGCCUAGACAGGUACGUCUGUUUUUUAUUUUAAAAGAUAUGCUAUGUAGAUAUAAGUUGAGGAAGCUCACCUCAAAAGCCUAGAAUGCAGUUUCACAGUAGCUGGGAUGCAUGGAUGACCCAUCUCACCCCUUUUUUUUUCCUGCCUCAAUAUCUUGAUAUGUUUACUCCCAAUCUCCCAUUUUUACCACUAAAAUUCUCCAACUUUCAUAAACUUUUUUUUUGGAAAAAUUUCCAUUGUAUCAGCCCCUGACAGAAAAAGGAUCUCUGAGCCUAAAGGAGGAAAAGUCCCACCAACUACCAGACCAGAACACGAGCCCCUCUGGGCAGCAGGAUUCCUAAGUCAAAGACCAGUUCGACCCAAACUGGCCUUUUAAAAUAAUCAGGAGUGACAGAGUCAACUUCUGCAGCACCUGCUUCUCCCCCACUGUCCCUUCCAUCUUGGAAUGUGUCUAAAAAGCAUAGCUGCCCUUUGCUGUCCUCAGAGUGCAUUUCCUGGAGACGGCAGACUUAGGUCUCACUGACAGCAUGCCAGACACAACUGAAUCGAAGCAGGCCUGAAGCCUAGGUCAGGGUUUCAGGAGUCCAGCCCCAGGAGGCAAAGUCACCAAUGCAGGGAGGUAAAUGCCUUUUGGCAGGAAAACCAAUAGAGUUGGUUGGGUGGGGAGUCAGGGGCGGGAGGAGAAGGAGGAGGAGGAGGAAGGCCAGAUUGGCCUGCCCUUUCUCCCAUACUUCACCCCAGCAGAGGUUCAUGGGACACAGUUGGAAAGCCACUGGGAGGAAAUGCCUCACUACAGGGGGGCCUCCUGUAGCAAGCCCAGCCAGUAAUCCUCCUAAGGAACCCACAAGGUCAAUUCACAACUGAUAUCUUAGCUAUUAAAGAAGUACUGACUUUACCAAAAGAAUCAUCAAGAAAGCUAUUUAUAUAAACCCCCUCAGUCAUUUUGAAAUAAAAUUAAUUUUACAAAAAUUUGAUAGUUUUUUUUUCCCAAAAUGACAAAUAAUCUGCACCUGUGGUGACAGGAAGGCUUUGAAAUAGAGGCCCUCGUUCUUCUGCUCCAGUGGGCAGAACCUUGCAUAAAGGCUCCGGGUCCAAAAGCCCACCCAGGCAGCCCCAGACGGAUGGCAGGAAGGGGGACUGUCAGCUUCUGGACGAUGGCACGACCUGCCUGCAUGAGGAGGGUUGAUGGGCAUCGCACCCACGGCCAAAGCUAUCAUCCCAGCCUCACCAACACUGACCCAGCCCACCCUGCCUGGGGCUGGGCUUAUUUCUUCAGUCUCCAAGUCAUUCGAGUGUCCUACUUUUCCCCAAGCUCCAGGAAGAAGCUAGAAGAGCCCUGUAAAUCCUGGCUGGAGCCAACUACUAAUACCAAACAUCAGGUACUUUGACCUAGAGAUAGCAUCACCAGAGACAGAAACUCAACCCCUACAAUUCCCACCCCCAACCCAGACAUCUCCCCAUCUCCAUCUGUCCAGACAAGGCUCCCCAUUCCAGGUAGGCACUGGAAGCCGGCUUUCAACCCCAAAUAAAGCAGAGAACGGCCUGCUGCCAUAGAGAUUGCAACCACUGAGUCUUCAUUUAGGAAAGCAGCCAGGAGUUGGCUUUGUACGGCCACAUCUUGUUUUCUGUUGACCAAUAACCUGUGAACUAAAGAUUUCAGAACUGAGAUGUGAAACAGAUUCACUCUGGAUAUAUUUUUCUACAAGGGGCUUAAAAAGUAUAGUUGAUCAUUUAUCAUGAUGUGUUUCAUUCCAUUAUUACAGACAACAAACCAUCUUCACUAGCAAAUCCCACAACUCUCUCCCACUCUUCAAACCUCCUUUUCAGAAGCAAGCCUCCAGGAGAGUUGACACUACCACUCCCAGCUCCUUCCUAUGCAUCCACCAAUCUACCUCACACUUGCCCCUGCACCCAGCACCCCCGGAAUGCUACUCCCCUCCACCCCCAGCCAGGAGGCCAGGCAGGUAACAUAAGAUUGAAGCACUGCCACAGAAGUCCUCGACAGCCUCCCCCACCCAGGACCCCAGGUUCCACUCCAAGUACAGUCAGAACCCAUAGGGACACAGCCCCUUGCUGCCCAGAAUCACACCCUCCAAACCCUCGCUUGCAGACCUUUGGAGUUAGAUGACCAAGACUAGAGAGAGCUGGCUGGAAACCAUCAGGGAAGUCAGGUGUCGUCCAGCAGGAAUAGCGAGACCAUGACAUCUCAGCCAAGCAUCAUCUCUCAGAGGACCCAAGCCCCUGCAGCCUCCCUCCAACUCCCUUUUUAUUCUCCCCUCUUUCCUGUUCCAUUCCUGUGUCUCAGGCUCCCUGCUCAUGAGCCAUUCCACAACAGCUCCUACCAUUCAAGGAGCAACUGACCUGACUGCUACACCGGCCCCUACCCCGUGGUCUUUGCCCGUGCCGCUUUCCUGCUUUGGGGUACAAGCCAGAAGUCAUUCAUAUGCCAGAUACUACUAUGUGCUCCCAAACUGGCAUGUAGGCAAAGAAAUUUUGUUCAAGAAAGUCACUAGCUGCCUUGGUUUCUCUCCAAAAUUAUAGAGAUCAUAAAACAGAGAUGCUUAAAAAUUCAAGGGAAAAAAAAAUACAGUGCCUAUCUUCAGGGUGUGACUACAAGACCCCAAGUAGCCAGUGGAAUGCAAUCCACUCCCUGCUUUUAUCUAUACCAGGUUACCUGCUAAGUCACAUGAGGAUUUGAGCAUCUUAUUUGGGCCUGCAUGCUUUAGGCAGCAGCCACACAGCAGACCCUGGGACACAAACAAGCAUUGUCCUGUGCAUCCACAUCCUCCUUUGGAGCUGUGGGCAGCAAGUGGGGAAGCCUAAUUUAACUAAAUAACAAUGUAUGAAAUUAUGGAGAAUACAAGAGCGGGGACUAUCCUCCAAAAUUCAUAGCGAGGCUUCUUUAGCCAGCACCAGAGUAUUUAGCAUGCACUUUAAAAAAAAAACACACAAUUCAUGCACGCUUCUUUCCAAGCUCAUCUUUACAUAUAUGGAACCAGCCCUUGCUCAUGUGGCCCCAGAGAACAUAGGCCACGCCCUAGAGGGCUUUCGAGGGCUCAGCCAGCACUCCACAAAGCAAUAACUAUUGACUUGCCCCUACACCAAGCUUGGCGACAUGUGCUCGGCCGGAUCAGAGAUUGCUGCCCUUCAGAGGCACCCUCUUCAAGAUCAGAGCUUUGUUUCUGAGUAAGAGCAACCAGUAUUGGCUGGGUUGUGAGGACCAAGAGCUCUAACUUGAGAAAAUGCCCCAAAUCUAAACCUUUAUCCACUGCCCAGCAUGACAUCUGCCGUAGGUUGAAGAGUUGUGAGUCCUGUGCUACUUGGGAGAGGUGAGAGAAACAGGUUUGCAAGCCGCAUACCACAGACCCGCAGUUCCCGACUCCCUCCCUGCCUGGCUCCUGGGGCUGGCCGGCCCCCUCAUCCUUCCUAGCCUGGCCCUGUGGCUUCCUACCUUUCCCUUGCUUCUCAUGCUUCCCAAAGGCUGUGUGAGAUUAUCUCAAAGCAGAACUGGGCAUGGAGUUUUGCUGGCGUGGUCACACACACCAUUUCAUGCUGUAGUGCAGCUGAGUGACCCUCAAGAUGUGAAGCCACACACAUCAUUUGUCCUAUUCGAGUCUCAUGCUUCCCCACCUCAGAAAACUCUCGGAUCUCUCAUGUCAAGGCAGAUUACAUUAUUUUGAACCGUUGUCUAGCCUCCAAAAUAUAUUUUCUGUAAUCACCUGUAUUUCUCAAAAGGCUUCCUGUAAUUAUUAUACAUGUGAAUUUUUCCUUAUUUAUAAAAUAUAUAUAAAUUAUUUUUAAUACAUCAACUUUAGUAGAAAUUUGUACCAACACAGUAACUGUAUGUGGCAUUUGAAAUAAGUUUGUGUUUACUUUGACCUAUUACACAGUAUCGAACACAUGGUGUAUUUACAGUACCACUUGGUAUAACCAUGACUCCAAAUUAUCAUAAACUAUUGUCAUUGUAAAUGCUCUUUUUCUGAGGAUUUUACAAUAAAACUUGAGAAA